UGUCUGGCUCCGCGGAGAAUCGGAAGUGAGUGAGAGUGAAGCAUUUCGCAGUGAUAAUCGAUCUCUGUUAAGGCUGUAAGGCUGUCUGGCUCCGCGGAGAAUCGGAAGUGAGUGAGAGUGAAGCAUCUCGCAGUGAUAAUCGAUCUCUGGGAUGUCAGCCGUGGCAGCAGCCCCGCCUCGCCGCUCGCCGUGAACCGCUGGCUGGUUCCUCUCUUCUCCGACGCUGCGCACAUCUGGCCGCCGGUCACCGAAACGCCCCCGCCGCGGCAUGCUCCGACCCGUAGCGGCUCGCCACGACCUGAAUUUAACCGGAAGAUGUCCGAGGUGCGAAAAUUCACGAAGAGGCUGAGCAAGCCCGGCACGGCCGCGGAAGUCCGGCAGAGCGUCUCGGAGGCUGUGCGGAGCUCCGCGGACCUGGUGGAGCAGCCCAAGAUCAUCGAGCCGCUCGACUACGAGGCCGUGGUGUUUCAGCGGAAGGCCCAGAUCCACAGCGACCCCCACAGAGACCUGCUGCUCUGCCCCGUCGAUGACGUCUCGGAAUCUCAGAUCCCCCGGCAGAGGAGGACCGUUGUUCCCGCUGUGCCUCAGAAUGCCGACCGGGAAGCUAAGAGUCUGUUUGCCAAGGAGUGCAUCAAGAUGUACAACUCGGAUUGGCGUGUUAUCAACUACAAAUAUGAGGCGUACUCUGGGGAUUUCCGCAUGCUGCCCAGCAAAGGCCUGAAGUCGGACAAGCUGCCGGCUCACGUGUUCGAGAUCGAUGAAGACGCCAAAGACGAGGACUCGUCGUCGCUUUGCUCUCAGAGGGGGGGCGUCCUGAAGCAGGGCUGGCUUCAGAAAGCCAACCUCAACAGCAGCCUGUCUGUCUCCAUGAGGGUGUUCAAGCGCAGAUAUUUCUACCUGUCUCAGCUCCCCGACGGCUCCUACAUCCUCAACUCCUACAAAGAUGAGAAAAACUGCAAGGAAACCAAAGGCUCCAUCUAUCUGGACUCCUGCAUCGAUGUCACCCAGAGUCCGAGGAUGCGGCGUAACGGGUUCGAGCUGAAGAUGCAGGAUCGCUACAGCCACUUCUUGGCUGCAGACACGGAAGCAGAGAUGGAGGACUGGGUGAUCACCCUCAAGCAGGCGCUGCAGAGCAGCUCUGAGGCGGGUCAGGACAGGAAGAACGGGGUGGAGGCUCCGGACUGUGCUGCAGAGGACGACACCUCCAGCCAGGGUAAAGGAGAAAACCCACCUGACAGCCAGGGGAGGAGCUUACACAGCGAACUCACAAAGUUUUCCAGAGAGACAGACCAGCUGAACAAGAUGAACAGAAGUGAAAGCAGACAAAAGCUUUUCUGCCUGGACCCAGAAACUCAGAGGCUGGACUUUUCAGGCAUCGAGCCAGAGGUGAAGCCUUUUGAGGAGCGUUUCGGCCGGCGGAUUAUGGUCAGCUGCCACGACCUCGCCUUCAGUCUGCAGGGCUGCAUUAACGAGAAGGCGGACGGCGGGCCCACCAAUGUGGAGCCGUUCUUCAUCAGCCUCGCGCUCUUCGACGUCUCCAAGAGCUGUAAGAUCUCGGCCGACUUCCACGUGGACCUGAACCCGGCCUGCGUCCGGGAGAUGCUGACGGACGCCUCGGGGCCGCCGUCUCCGUCCUCGGAGGGCGGAGGCAGCGCCGGGGAGGAGGGUGGAGGAGGAGGAGCGGGGCCCCCGGCGAACGGAGAAUCGGAACGAGGGAACGGGCUGCCGGUUCUGCAGAGAGUGUCUGAAGCUCCACUGCGCUUCCCCACUCAGGGGAUCUUCUCGGUUACAAACCCCCAUGCAGAUAUUUUCCUGGUGGCCCGUGUGGAGAAGGUUCUCCAAAAUGGCAUCACCCACUGUGCGGAACCAUACAUCAAGACCUCCGACAUGAACAAGUCGGCGCAAAAGGUCCUCAAAGCGGCCAGGCAGACGUGCCAGCGCCUGGGCAAGUACAGGAUGCCGUUCGCCUGGGCGGCAAAGCAGGUGUUCAAAGACUCUCAGGGCAGCCUGGACACGGACGGCAAGUUUUCUCCGCUCUUCCGGCAGGACAGCAGCAAAAUCUCCACGGAAGACCUCAUGAAGCUGCUGGCGGACAUCAGGAAACCUGAGAAGAGCAAACUUCAGAGCAUCCCUGGACAGCUGAACGUCACCAUCGAGUGCGUCCCGCCGGAUUUCUCAAACACGGUGACGUCCUCCUACGUCCCCGUCAAACCCUUCGAGGACGGCUGUCAGCGGGUUUCGGUGGAGAUCGAGGAGUUCCUGCCCGAUGAAGCCAAAUACAACUACCCGUUCACCGCCUACAAGAACCAGCUUUACCUCUACCCUCUGCAGCUCAAAUACGACAACCAGAAGGCCUUCACCAAGGCGCGGAACAUCGCAGUCUGCAUGCAGUUUAGAGAUUCAGACGAAGAGGGUGCCACGCCUCUAAAGUGCAUCUACAGCAAACCGGGGGAUUCGCUCUUCACCUGCAGCACCUGUGCAGCCGUCCUGCACCACAACCAGAGCCCGGAGUUCUACGACGAGGUUAAACUUGAGCUGCCGGUCCACGUGCACGAGAAGCACCACAUCCUCUUCACCUUUUACCACAUCAGCUGUGAGUCCAGCAGCAAGGCGAGCGGCAAGAAGAAGGACGGCGUGGAGUCGCUGGUCGGCUACGCGUGGAUGCCUCUGCUGAGGGAUGGGAGGAUGCAGUCGUCUGAGCUGCAGUUACCCGUUUCUGCCACUCUGCCUGCCGGCUACCUUUGUCAGGACAGCAAGAAGUCUCAGCCAGAUAUCAAGUGGGUGGAAAACGCAAAGACGCUGUUCAGAGUGAGGAUGCGCGUAGCGUCCACCAUUUAUCCUCAGGACCCCCACCUGCAGAAGUUCUUCCAGCACUGCCAGCUGAUGAGGACGACAUCAGAGGGCAACCCGGCAGACCUCAUCAAGUACCUGAAGUGCCUGCAUGCCGUGGAGACUCAGGUCAUCAUCACCUUCCUGCCUACGGUGCUGAUGCAGCUGUUUGAGGUGCUGACAGCCACCACCAAAGAGGCCCACGAGACCACGGUCAACGCCCUACGAGUGGUCAUUCACAUCGUCUCCAGAUGUCACGAGGAAGGACUGGAGCACUACCUGCGCUCUUUUGUCAAGUACGUCUUUGUGGCGAACGCCCCGGCUCCGGGAAACUCAGCGACCAGCCACGAGGUGCUGGCCACCACCGUGACCGCCGUCCUCAAGCAGACGGCCGACUUCAACACCAGCAAUAAGCUGCUCAAGUAUUCCUGGUUCUUCUUUGACAUCAUGGCCAAGUCCAUGGCCCAGUUCCUCCAAGAGGAAAACCGCAUGAAGAUGCCGCGGCCGCAGCGCUUCCCAGAGAGCUUCCACCAGGCGCUGCAGUCCCUGGUUCUGUCCGUCAUGCCUCACAUCAUCAUCCGACACUCCGAGGUCCCAGAGGAGGCGCGGAGCAUCAACCUGAGCCUUGCUCAUUUAAUCAAGAGAUGCCUGACCUUCAUGAACCGAGGCUUUGCCUUUGGCCUGAUCAACCACUACAUGCGUCACUUUGGCUUCAAGGAUCCUAAGGUGCUGACGGAGAUGAAGUUUGAGUUCCUGAUGACGGUGUGUAACCACGAGCACUUCAUCCCGCUCAACCUGCCCAUGGCGUUCGGCCGUACCAAGCUGCAGAGGGUUCAAGAUUUAAUUCCAUACGCGACGGAGCUUUUUGGCCCUGUAGCAGAGCAGAGCCUGGAGUUCAGCCUGACGGAGGAGUACUGCCGGAACCACUUCCUGGUGGGCCUGCUGCUGAGGGAAGUGAACGAGGCCCUGCAGCAGGGCGCCGACGUCCGACAGCUGGCCGUGAGCGUUCUGAAAAACCUGCUGAUUAAGCACGCCAUGGAUGACCGCUACACCGCCUUUAAGAACCAGCAGGCCCGGAUCUGCUUGCUCUACCUGCCUCUGUGUGAGCUGCUCUACCAGAACCUGCAGCAGCUGUCUGCCCCGCCGCAGAGCUCCAGCUCGGGCCUCGCCCUCAAUAGCUCCAGAGAAGACCUGAUCUCCAGCGGCUCCAUAGACAGCCGGAGAGUCAGCGCCGCACUCGACAGGGACCACGGUCUUCCUGCUCAGAACGGCCACAUUGUGAGGAGGGAGGACUCCAGAAGCUCUCUGUUCAUGGACAUCGGCACUCCUGAUAGCCUUGAGCUGCAGCGGCGAGGAUCCACCAUGAGCAGCAGCCCCAUGCCGCCCCACGGCAGGCUGGGAGCGUACGAGAUCAAGGGACUCCUUUUCUGCUUCCUGCACAUCGUCAAGACCUUGUCGGAGGAGACUCUGACGGCGUACUGGAACAAGCUCAACCCCCAGGACGUCAUGAACUUCCUCAGCAUGCUGGAGAUCUGUCUUGUUCAGCUGCGGUACACUGGAAGAAGGAAUAUCAGCAGGAGCCAGGAAUUAUACGUGUCCAAGCUCUUCUCCUCCGACCGGAAGUCUCAAACCAUGCCGGCCAUGCGCUGCAACCGGGCCAGCCUCAUGCAGAAUAAGUUCCACCAGCUCAGCUCCAUGGAGGCUUCCUUCACCCUCAAUAUAGGGACCGGACCGUCUGAGGCAGAGGUCCACCACUGGGCUCUGCUGGAGGGGAACAUCUCCACCGAGGUGAGCCUGAGCGUCCUGGACGUCCUGGCUCUCUUCACCCAGUGCUACAAAACCCAGCUGCUGGACAGCGACGGCCACAACCCGCUGAUGAAGAAGGUGUUUGAUGUUUACUUGACUUUUCUCAAAGUCGGCCAGUCGGAAGCAGCCAUCAGACACGUCUUUGCCGCGCUGCGCGCCUUCAUCAACAAGUUCCCGCCGGCGCUCUUCAAGGGCCGCGUGACGCUGUGCGAGGCUUUGUGCUGCGAGGUGCUGAAGUGCUGCGUCUCCAAGCUGAGCUCGCUGAGGGCGGAGGCCGCCGCGCUGCUCUACCUGCUCAUGAGGAACAACUUCGAGUUCACCAAGAGGAAGACCUUCCUGCGCACCCACCUGCAGAUCAUCAUCGCAGUGAGUCAGCUGAUCUCCGACGUGGCGCUGACGGGCAGUUCCCGCUUCCAGGAGUCCCUCUCCAUCAUCAACAACUUUGCAAACAGUGACAAGACCAUGAAGUCCACAGGCUUCCCCUCAGAGGUGAAAGGUCUGACCAAGCGGAUCCGGACGGUUCUGAUGGCCACGGCGCAGAUGAGGGAGCACGAGAGAGACCCCGAGAUGCUGCUGGACCUGCAGUACAGCCUGGCCCGCUCCUACGCCAGCACACCUGAGCUCAGGCGCACCUGGCUGGACAGCAUGGCCAGAGCACACCUGAAGAACGGAGAUCUGUCUGAGGCUGCCAUGUGUCACGUGCACGUGGCUGCACUCAUCGCAGAAUACCUGCACAGGAAGAAGUUGUUCCCCAGCGGUCUGUCAGCUUUUAAGAAGGUCACCGUCAACAUCGACGAAGAGGCCGCCAUGAAGGAAGACGUGGGCAUGCAGGACGUUUACUACACCGAGGAGGUGCUGGUGGAGCACCUGGAGGUGUGCGUCGAUGCUCUGUGGAAGGCGGAGCGCUACGAGCUCAUCACUCACAUCGCCAAGCUCCUCGUUCCCGUCUACGAGAGGCGUCAUGAAUACGAGAAACUAAGUCGCCUGUACGAGACUCUGCACAGAGCGUACAACAAGAUCAUGGAGGUGAUUCAGUCCGGCCGCAGAAUGCUGGGGACCUUCUUCCGGGUGGCGUUUUAUGGUCAGGGCUUCUUCGAGGAAGAGGACGGGAAGGAGUACAUUUACAAAGAACCGAAACUCACCGGCCUGUCGGAAAUCUCGCAGCGCCUGCUGAUGCUCUACGGGGAAAAGUUUGGCCCGGAAAGCGUCAAGAUAAUCCAGGAUUCAAACAAGGUGAAUCCCAAAGAGCUGGACUCCAGGUUUGCGUACAUCCAGGUGACGUUCGUGAAGCCUUUCUUCGAGGAGAAGGAGGAGCCCGAGAAAAAGACGGAUUUCGAGAAGAACCACAACAUCAAGCACUUUGUGUUUGAGACGCCGUACACGCUGUCGGGGAAGAAGCACGGCGGCGUGGAGGAGCAGUGCAAGAGGAGGACGGUGCUGCUGACUUCCAGCAGUUUCCCCUACGUCAAGAAGCGGGUGGAGGUGGUGGGGGAGAAGCAGGCGGAGCUAAAGCCGGUGGACGUGGCCAUAGACGAGAUGAAGGCGCGCACGGCCGAGCUGACCAAGCUGUGCUCCAGCCUGGAGGUGGACAUGAUUCAGCUGCAGCUCAAGCUGCAGGGCUGCGUGUCCGUGCAGGUGAACGCAGGCCCCAUGGCCUACGCAAGGGCAUUCCUGGAUGACAAUAAGACCAACCAGUUUGGAAGUAAGAAAGUGAAAGAGCUCAGGGAUGUCUUCAGGCGUUUCGUGGAGGCGUGCAGCAUAGCCCUGGACAUCAAUGAGCGCCUCAUCAAGGAGGAUCAGUUUGAGUACCACGAGGGGCUCAAGUCCAACUUUAAAGAGAUGGUGAAGGAGCUGUCAGACAUUAUCCAUGAACAGAUCUUCCAGGAGGACAUGAUGCGCUCGCUGCUGCAGAACUCUCUCCACGUGUUUCGUGCCAUCAGUGGGACGUCCACCGACCGGAGCUGACCUCUCCCGCCUCCCAUCUUCGCCGUCCGUCGCCAUCGCCUUGUAGGGACAUAAAUCCGGCGUCUGUGUCUGCAGAAACUCUGAAGGCGUUGCAGCAUGAAUAUCUAAAGCAUGCAUCAGAGAAGCCGUGUCAUGAGAAUGUGUUGCAGCAGCACGGACUGAUCGUGUGCAUGUCAGGCCAGGGUUCUGCCAGGAAGUGACGCACUUUGUCUUGUUCAGCAGUUACCUUCCAACGAAAGUCCCUUCCUGCCCCCUCCCAGCUUUUUUCAGACAAAACUCUCGGCUCUUUGUGCCAGGCCGGCAUUGGAAAAAAAGAACAAAAAAACACCCAAAACCGGUUCUGUUCUAGCACGCCCCCCCAGACGAACCCGAGUCGAUCUGCGUGGCAGAUUGCUGCUAUCUAAAGACGGCGAAUUCCUGCAAACGUCUAGAUAAGGUAGAUAAGUCACGUUAGAGCGGCGCUGGGCGAGCGCGUCAGGCCUCCUGUGCCGCUGCAGAGCGCCAGAGAGCAGAGCUCAUUCUGAAGAGUUUCAUGGAUGAAGUCAUCAUUUCAGAGGGAAUCAGUCAUGUCAAAGCAGAAAAAUGACCCCAGAUCCAGGCUGCUCGCCAUCCUCAGGUCUGAUCCCAGCGGUCGGACGGCGGCCGGAGCGUGCCGCCCCUCUGGGUUUCAAACCAGUGCCUUCGUGCUCUGCCUCCUGAUCCACUUCCUCUGCCUCAAAACAACGACUUAUGCUGGUAAAACAAGUAUUUCCCAAGUGCUACACUGAAAAAAAAGCAGAUCAGUAUUCAACUAUGUGGAGUUUUCUGCUGGGAUGGAUGAUACUAAAUGAAUGUAUGUAUAUCUGGAGGUUUUUUUUGAAUCCCUGCUCAGAUCAAAACUCCACUUUGCAGAGAUUUUUUUGUUUUUGCAGUGAUGACAGAGGUGCAGCUAUCCGUCAGAUUUACUUUGUAAAGCCGUUUUUUUCCCAAUAAAAUCUCUCAAAAAUC